AUGGUGCGAAAGCUAGAGGUUCUCUGGAAGCGCCAAGUUGGUAAAGAUAACAAGUACUUUCGGGUCAAGGAGCCGCCUGUUGAUCGGGUUUUUCCAGAGAAUCCACAAUGGGUAAAUGAAUGGAUACAAGGACUUUUCAAUCGCGACUGGAGAGCGUUCAAGAUUUUGCAACUCAGUAUCUACUGCCCGCGUACUCAGGCAGGACCCCAGAACAAUAUUUCCUACGAAUAUACAGAAAGGAUUUGUUACUUUUAUGGCUCGAUCAAAAUCGAGGAAGAAGUUGAACGGUAUCUCAAUAACCACCAAUGCGGAGCUGUGGCCGUAGCGGUUUUCGACCCCGAUAUAAGCCCUGCGCCGGAUGGAGUUGUAGAUUCCUUCGGCAGCGACGAGACUCCAGUUGACCAGGAUCCACCACAUCAACUUUUGGGAGUAGGCGAGGAUAAGCAGACCCACCAAGUACAACGAUUCCCAACAGACAGCAGCAAGCUACAGUACUCAUCGCCUAAAAAAAUCCAUACGGAAGCUGGAAACGUCGAAAUGAGCAACCACUCGAAGUGGGUGGAAAGUAGAUUGGAACAGGGGCACAGAAAGCCUAAACUAUGA